AAAAAGCGAGCAAAAGUCGCCUGGGCUGCGUCAGGUUUGUUUAGUCGACUAGUGUCAGUGUUAGCGGGAAGAUGAAACCAAGUUUAAAGCUCAGACAGGCGGGUGUGAUUCUAUUGGCAUUGAAUUGCGUCUUAUUUUGCUCAGCGCAAGGUGGUCGAGGUGGGGCUGGUGGUUGGGCGGGAGCGUCGGGUUCGCCAGGAGCACCCGGUAUGCCGGGAGCGCCUGGUACCAGUGAUUACGGAUUUGGCUAUGGCGGUGUGGAUAGCCGCGGCAAUACCUAUGGCGGUGCCGGCGGCAAUGGUGGCUACUACGUAGGCGGCAUAGAUGACCAGGGACGUCGCUUUGCGUAUAGUGGCGGUGCCGGAGGCAUGCCUGGAAUGCCAGGUGCGCCUGGCGGCUAUCCGGUGGCACCAGGUAGCUAUCCUAAUACCCGCGGGUAUCCUGACUACUACGAUCAGCGUUACCGAUCGUCAGCGAAUGCGAAGUUCACACAAAUGAAUUCACUCUGGCUGCUCAUUCUGCCCAUCGCUAUGCUUACGAGGUUUUUAUAAAACAAAAACCAUUGUAAAGUUACAUAUAUUGUAUUUCAUCGAUUCAUUUUUAUUGUAUGUAUUAUUUACUAGCUGAUCGCACUAGAUUAUAAAGUAUACUAUGUACCUACAACAGUGUCUAGUAUCUAUGUAUUAUCUAGAUAUAUGUAGUAUUAUCAUAGAAAUAAAAAAAAAGUAUAUAAUUGCAUCGUAAAUUUUUAAGGUCUGUAAUUAGUGUCAUUCCCGAUGCUUCUCACGCGAGAUUGAUGACAUCACGACAAAUUGCUCCGCCCUGCUCACGUACACAGCGAGUGUACAUACAUAUGUAUGUAAUAAGUAGGAGUUGUGACCUUACGUAUGUUCAAUUUAUUUGCAUUUGGUAUGACAACUCUUGGCCCAGCCAGGUAGCUUUUUCGUCGAGCGUGAAACAUCAAGCCACUGUUUGACCGUCAAAUAUUGAGCGUGUGGGCUGUUGCGGCGGCAUAUGGGUUGAUUGUUUUCGUAUUGCAAGCGCUAAUUGGCGCACAGACAAUAGGGACAAGAAAUCGUGGAAACAUUUCGUGGCUGAGGUUUUUUUUUUU